AUGUCGGCGGCGGAUGGGCUCCUCACGCUAGCGGAGGAGGCCGAGCGCCGCCGCGACUUCACCACCGCCACCUCCUGCCUGGACUCGGCGCUCAGCCCGCCCCACACCGCCUCGCUCCUCCCGCUCGUCGAGGCCCGCGCGCGGAUGUGCCUCGCUGGCCUACUGCUCACCCGCUCCAAGGGGCUCGCCAAUGCCAAGGCCCACCUCGAGCGCGCGCUGCUCGUCCUCAACCCGCUCCCCUCCGCUCCGCCGUGCCUCAAUCUGCUCGCGCACUCCCUCCUCGCCAACGUCUACGGCCUCCUCGGCGCCCUCCCGUCGCAGAAGCACGCGCUCUACCGCAGCCUCAGCCUCCUUGCAUCUGCCUCCGCCUCGGGGCUUCUCCCCCUGGCCCGGCCCUCCUCUGGACCAGUAACUUCCAGGCGCAGCUUGCCUUCCCACUCGUAG